AUGUCUACAAACAGCUGGCUGUCGCGACAGCGCAAGUCCGACCUGACCGAGCUGGCAGAGCAUGCCGGUCUCACGAACUACGAAACGUUCAAGAAGACCGAGUUGGAGCUUGCCCUCGACGAGCACCUUGCCGAAAACUCGUCACUCUUCUCCUCAGAUCCCAAGCUGGCGAACUACUACUCGAGUCGCGCAAGGACCAUCGGUUCUCCCUUCAAGAGGGAUGCCGACGGCCCCGUAGAGAAGCUCAGGGUCUCAAGACGUCGCGCUACCAGAGCUGCUGAAGAGCUCCUUCUACCCCCUACCGAGUCCGAAGACGAGCCUACCAGCACCUCAACAGCUAUCGCGCACACUCCUGCCCGCGCCCUUUCGCUCGCGAGCCGCAUUCCUCUGCCAGCCACGCCGGCCGACGUCGCCGACGCCGUCGACCGUUCCACCAUCGCCUUGAGGACCCGCGCCGCGUCCAUGUACAAGGAGUUGGGCAUUACGGAGGCAACCCACGCGACACGUGAGACCUUGUCAACCGUCAGCUCGGUCUUGUUUGCCGUAACCGCCUUCGAAAUGUACUUCCUCCGCCCGGAGAUCCUCGCCGACCGAUAUGCCUUCACCAUCCCGGCUGUCUCCUUUCUCGGCACUAGCGACUACCCGGUCUUCAUCCCGGACAUGUUCUUGCUGCUCACCGCGUCUUUCUGGUCGCCUGCGCUCCUCUGGGCUUUCACGAGCAUCGUUCUCCCAAGCAUCGCUGGCUACUUUGUCAACAUGACCACGGGCGCUCAACCCGGGCGCGUUACUCGCCGCGCCGCUCCCGUGCAGGACUCGGCGAUCGAUCCAUUGACCUUCAGCAUCGUCAAGGCCCUUCUAUCAUUCGUGGUCUACGGUCAAGGUAUCACCUUCGGUGGUUGGAUCAAUGAGUUCUCAAUCGCGCGCAUCAACACAGCCGUGUACGGCGGCUACAAGGGUAUGCUUGUCGGAGCUGCUAUCACCGGCAUCUUCUCCAUCUACGACGCUGUGUUGAAGAAGUAG